UUCCGCAUCGUCAAAACUUUAGAGGUACUUGAUCGCGGUCGCGUUCAGUCAACGGCAGACAAAGCGAAGCUCCGUGAAGAGGGAGAAGGUGUAUCCUUCCGAUAACUCUUCAUGGCGAAAAGUAGCACUUCCUCGUGUAUUCUGGAGCUCACUUUUUCACUUUUGACUUCUGUUCACCUACGGGACCGCGGUUCGCUCGGCUUGUGACCAUUACCAGGAUUUAAAAGUUUCACGUGAAUUGACCUUCGGUAACACUCGUGUGAGAAUGAAGCUCAGCAGACAGUUCACAAUUUUGGGCAGCGGCAUAUUCUGUGUUGUGGUAUUUUCUCUAUACCUGAUGUUGGAUCACAUAGACCAUAGCAAAAACCCAAACGGAGAGAGGCAUCAAAACGGCCAGCUUGGUAUUCUGCAGGACAAAAUAGACCACUUAGAAAGACUGCUUGCAGAGAACAAUGAGAUCAUUGCCAACAUCAGGGACUCUGUGAUUAACCUGAGGGAAACUGUGAAAGAUGGGAAGGUGUUUCCUGAAAGAAACAUCAGUCAGGGGAUCUUAGAACUGCUUCCCCCUGCUCCUGUGCUGCUCCCCAUUCACUCAGAGGACUGCCAGUUUGCAGCGCGGACCUACUCCAGGGCAGCUGAUGGAGUACAGAUGCUGGAUGUUCAUGAUUUGCUUAACUUUGAUAACCCUGAUGGAGGAGUAUGGAAACAAGGCUUUGAUAUUUCUUAUCAGGAACAUGAAUGGGAUAAUGAGUCGCUUCAGGUCUUUGUCGUGCCUCAUUCUCACAAUGACCCCGGUUGGCUGAAGACAUUUGACGACUACUAUAAAGACCAGACGCAACACAUCCUCAACAACAUGGUGGUUAAGUUACACGAGAACAGUCAGAUGAAAAUGAUCUGGUCUGAGAUUUCCUACUUUUCAAAAUGGUGGGAAAACAUCGAUGAACAGAAACGUGAUGCUUUGAAGAGACUGAUCGAGAACGGUCAGUUGGAGGUUGCUACAGGAGGCUGGGUGAUGCCUGAUGAAGCCAACACUCACUACUUUGCUUUGAUAGAUCAGCUAGUUGAAGGCCACCAGUGGCUGGAAAACAAUUUGGGAGUGAAACCCAAGACGGGCUGGGCUGUGGAUCCGUUCGGUCACAGUCCUACCCAGGCAUACCUGCUCAAACAAGCCGGCCUGUCUAACAUGCUGAUCCAGAGAGUGCACUACUCAGUGAAGAAACACUUUUCUUCUCAGAAGACACUAGAGUUUUUCUGGAGACAGAAUUGGGAUCAGGAUGCAACGUCAGACAUUUUGUGUCACAUGAUGCCAUUCUACAGCUACGAUGUUCCCCAUACGUGCGGGCCUGACCCGAAGAUCUGCUGCCAGUUUGACUUCAAGCGGCUGCCAGGAGGAAGAGUCAGCUGUCCGUGGAGAAUUCCACCUCAAGCCAUCACAGAUAAUAAUGUACAAGAGAGAGCUAUGACACUUCUGGACCAAUACAGAAAGAAAUCAAAGCUGUAUCGGACUAAGGUGCUGCUGGUUCCGCUUGGAGAUGACUUCCGUUACACUGAAGCUGUGGAAUGGGACCAACAAUAUGGGAACUACCAAAAACUCUUUGACUACAUGAAUUCUCACCCUGAGCUCCACGUCAAGGCCCAAUUUGGCACCAUUUCAGAUUAUUUUAAUGCCUUGCGUAAAAACACUGGCUUGGAUACAGCUGGCACGAGAGUCGGCACGCCUGCCCUACCCGUAGUAAGUGGAGACUUUUUCACUUACGCUGACCGUGAUGACCACUACUGGAGCGGCUACUUCACAUCACGACCCUUCUAUAAACGUCUGGACCGCAUGCUGGAAUCAUACAUCAGGGCAGCUGAGAUCCUCUACUCUUUGACCAUGGCCAACAUUCAGAAGUAUGACAAACCCACCAAUUACCCUGCCGGUGAUAACUACAAAUUACUGACGGAAGCCAGACGCAACCUGGGUCUCUUUCAGCACCAUGAUGCCAUCACAGGCACCGGCAAAGACUGGGUGGUUGUGGACUAUGGAACCAGGUUGUUUCACUCCAUUAUGAAUGUGAAGCGAAUCAUUGUGAGCUCAGCCCAUUGGUUGGUGAUCAAGGACAAACAAACAUAUAGCCAUGAUCCAUCAAAUCCCUUUCUUCAAAUGGAUGAUGCUCAACCAGCUCAAGAUGCCUUGCUUAGGAAAACCGUUCUUAAGAUUCACGAUAGGCCAAGGUUGGUUGUGGUUUAUAACCCCACAGAACAGGCCAGGACAUCUAUGGUUACGCUGCAUGUGAACACCCUUCAUGUACGUGUACUUGAUUCUCUUGGUGUUGUAGUUCCCGCUCAGGUCAGUGCACUAUGGAACGAUGCCACCAAUGCUGCUACUGAUGCAUUCCAGUUGUCAUUUGUAGCUCAUGCAGCUCCGCUGGGUCUUAGUGUGUACCAUCUGACUGAAGGAAUGGAGCAGAGGACUGAAGCUUCCAAAUACACGUUUCCUCAGGAAGGCAGGGACAUUUCAGUCAGCGGAUUGGAGCAUUUCAGACAGUCCUACCACCAGUAUGCCUCUUCUGUUCGAAUAGAAAAUUCUCACCUGGAACUGUCCAUCUCCACGGUCACUGGUCUUUUAGAGAGAGUGAAGCUGAAGGAAGGUGGCUUAGAGCACCAGGUCAAGGUGGAGUUUGUGUGGUACGGCACCACCAACAAAAAAGACAAAAGUGGAGCUUACCUGUUUCUGCCUGACGGAGAUGCAACGAUUUACUCUUCCUCUCAGCCGACUAUGAUUCGAGUCACCAAAGGGCCAGUUUUUUCUGAAGUCACCACUACUUUUCCACACAUCACACACACACUCAGACUCUACAACAUUCAAGGUGUGGAGGGCCAGUCUGUGGAGAUCUGUAACACUGUAGAUAUAAGGGGCGAAACCAACCGUGAAAUUGCAAUGAGGAUAACAUCAGAUCUGAACAGCAAGGAUCGAUUCUUUACUGACCUCAAUGGAUACCAGGUGCAGCCGAGGAAAACCAUGGCUAAGCUCCCCCUGCAGGCAAACUUCUUCCCCAUGUCCAGCAUGGUCUACCUGGAGGACUCCAGCUCCAGACUCUCUCUGCUCACCGCACAGUCACUGGGAGCGGCCAGCCUCAAGAGCGGUCAGCUGGAGGUGAUUAUGGACCGCAGGCUGAAUCAGGAUGAUAAUCGAGGUUUAGGUCAGGGAGUGCUGGACAAUAAGAUCACUGCCAACUCCUUCCGCCUACUGCUGGAGAAGAGAAGCUCUGAGGAGGAGGCAAAGAAAGAGGAGACCGUGCCAUACAGCUAUCCAUCUCUGCUGAGCCACAUGUCUUCUAUGUUUCUCAACCAUCCUCUCAUCUCCAUGGCAUCCAGUCUCGACUUGGUCGAUGUGCCCUUGACCGUCUACAACCCUCUGAGCACCUCAUUUCCCUGUGACGUUCAUCUGGUUAACUUGCGUACAAUCCAGUCGAAGGAGGAAGGGGGAGGUCCAUCCGAGCAGGCUGCUUUGAUACUGCACAGAAAAGGCUUUGACUGCGGCUUCUCCAAUCGGAACACUGGCCUACUGUGUGCCUCCACACGUGGCAAGAUUCAUUUCGAGAAGCUCCUGACAGACCUGAAGGUGAAAAGCAUUAUUCCCGCCUCGCUGUCUUUGAUGCACACGCACAAUAGCGAAGGAGACCCACAGGAGAUCCACCUUAAACCUAUGGAAAUCAGGACUUACCGCCUGCAGCUCAGCUGAGCCACAUUCUCUUUUGACUCUCCUCGCACAAGAGCCUCUAGGAGUUGUUGCCUUCAGACUAGAUGAAUGAUCGUCAACAAAAUCCUGAAGCUUCACAACAAAGUGCAAUAUCAAAUGUUCACGAAUCGCCAACCAGCUCUCUCAGGUUAUCUGAAAAUAACAGACCGUGAAAAUCGUUAUGAGAUGACAUCUUUUGCACUGGGAAUGUAUGAAUCGCAGAGUUUCUUCCUUCUGUUACUUGAGUAAGAAAAAGGCUCGGCUUGUUCGAUCAAAUAGUAACAUUUUCAUUCCUGUAUGAAAGGUGUUUUAAACAACUCGGUUUUAAGAUUGAUAGGAGUCUUGCCUUGAUUUUUAUUUCAUUUCUUUGCCAUUCCAAAGUUUUUACUCAGAAUCGUGCCUUAGUCUCACAGGGUGGUGACUGUCAUAAUGGAUGCGGUAUAAUAAGAAACGCUUUUGUUUUCAAACAGAAAAAUCCAAACACGUUUUAGUUGUAAUUUUCAUAAGACCUAUAAAUAUCUAUAAAGAAACAUUUGUGAAACUUAAUUUUUUCAGAUCUGUUACGUUUAUUUAAGUGUACCUUGAAUUACCAAUGCAAUUGACUGCAAGUUGCAUGGAUUUAUUAUAAUUUAAAUUGGUUGGGCAAUUCAACUUUUAAUUAAAAAAUUAAGAAGAUUUUAUUUUAUUUUAAAUUCUAUUUCACUGUUACCUAUGUGAUUUUUGUCUUUGUUUGUUUUACCAAUAUAUGCAUUAUAUAUUGAUAAGCUUUAUACCUAUAUAUAUAUAUAUAUAGGCAGCCUGAAGGAUUGUAAAUUGGUUCCAUAGAAACAUAAAUUCACCAAAGCUGGGUGGGUGAUCGUGCAACUAUGUCGGCUGAAGAUUGUGUGCUGAAGUUAUAUUUAACAUUAUUGUCCCAGAGAUGAUAAAUUAAAUCUUCUCAGGGACUAUAAUCCAGAGAUUAUUGGAUUAUCCAGAGAAGAGAUUAAAUUCAUAUUGUAAUAUAUAAAGCCAUCCAAAAUGUCGUUAUUUAUUUAUUUCGAAAAUGAAUAAAACUAAGAUGUUGAAAACGGUGGGUGCUUAAUCAGAAAAUAGUUUUUAAACUUCUUUUGAUUGUGUUGAAGUUUAAGAGUUCAAAUAGUCCUCUAGAAGCUAAAUGUGUUAUAUACAUACACAAUAAAUCUAUGCAAAUCUACAUUUUUGUUUUAUGCAAUAAUGAUCUAUUUUUUAGCCUGCAUUUUUGAAGGAUAAUUACAUAUGCGGGAUGUAAACCUUAAAAGUUAAGAUGUGCAAAAGAUUCUGAUUUACUUUCCAAUGUUCUUAGAACUUAUCUUUGAUAAAAUAUAUAGGAUAUGAGUCUGCUGUUGUAUGUUUUGUGUCAUUCAUUUUUUCAUUCUGUGAUCUUAUUUUCAAAGCUAGGCUAAUUUUGUUAUAUUCUGGGUGUCUUUUGUAUAUUUUUUGUCUUUUAAUUGGUCAGUUGGAUUGGUCGCCUGACUUGUGGUAAUGAAGGAUGAUUAUUGGUUGAUUUGCUACUGUGAUUUUUAGAAUGUGAAUUAAAUUGAAUCUGCAUGUUUUUUCUUAAUUAAAUUUGACUGGUAUGUUUAGUUGACUUGUCAGAAGUGAUCACUGUAUUCCAAUUUAUCUUUAAAAUAAGCUGCUUAAUUUACACUUCUUUUAAGACCAAAUUAGUCUGUGACUGUAUCAGGACUUUCAAUUCUUUUCUACCCUGUGAAAACAUUUCUUUAUUUCUUGAAAAGUGUGGCAACUAAAGAAUAUGCAUCUUUUUACAAGUGUUGCAGUAAAAUCUUAGCCAAUGAAUGUUUGUUGAAUCUUUAACUGGAAUGUUAUGGGGAAAAUAAACAUUGUUUAUAAACUUU